UCUGAAUCCGACGACACCCCCCGUUUCGACCGUCCGUCCGUCCCCCUUCCCUUGUCGCCCAGUUUUAAUCCGACAACCCUAGAUACACAGCCAAGAUGUCUGCGAGAGGACGCGGUGGUGCCUCCGGCAACAAGCUCAAGAUGACCCUCGGUCUGCCUUGCGGCGCCGUUCUCAACUGCUGCGACAACUCCGGUGCUCGCAACCUGUACAUCAUCUCCGUCAAGGGUAUCGGUGCUCGCCUGAACCGUCUCCCCGCUGCCGGUGUCGGUGACAUGGUCAUGGCCACCGUCAAGAAGGGAAAGCCUGAGCUCCGUAAGAAGGUCAUGCCCGCUGUUGUUGUCCGUCAGAGCAAGCCCUGGAGACGCCCCGACGGUAUCUACCUCUACUUCGAGGACAACGCUGGUGUUAUCGUCAACGCCAAGGGUGAGAUGAAGGGUUCCGCUAUCACCGGUCCCGUUGGUAAGGAGGCUGCUGAGCUUUGGCCUCGUAUUGCCUCCAACUCCGGUGUUGUCAUGUAAAAUGUGUUAAACCUGGAAUUUGGAGCAAGAAAGAAAAAAAAGCGAUACCAAGGGCUUCUAGAACAAAGGGGGUGGUACCGGUUUUUUUUUUUUAGUAUGACCUAAGAACAUUCUAAAAAUGAAAAGGAUUCAUAAAAAAUUUAAACCUGUCCACCUUUUUCUCUCC